AUGGCAUGCAACGGCCAGCAUCCCCGCGUGGGAAUUUUUGCCAUUAUAAGCGACGAGCAGGGCAGGCUCCUUAUGGGGCGCCGCCUGAGCAAGUUGGGAAGAGGACACUGGGGAUUUCCUGGCGGGCAUCUCGAGCAGGGUGAGGGGUUUUUUGAGUGCGUGCAGCGAGAGACUCUGGAAGAGACAGGCUUGCACGUUCUCGCUACCAAGGUCGUCGGAGUCACCAACGACGUGUUCAACGAGCUGGAUAAGCAUUAUGUGACUGUUUUCACAGAAUGCUCUAGACAAGAUAACGGGCAACAGCCAGAGACUUUGGAGCCGCAGAAAUGUGAAGGUUGGGUAUGGAAGACACCCGAGGAGAUUCGCAUCAUGGCUGAGCGGAGAGACGGAAAGCAACAGUUGUUCCUGCCAGUGGAGCACCUGGUUUUGCAGGGAGCCCUGCUUUAAGAGGGCAAAGUUCCCGAUGGUGGAUUGUUUACAGUCGAUGAGAAGUACGGACAGCAUUUUGGGAGGAACGAAGGAGCGAUGGCAUUAGCUCACCACAGAAGGUCUUCGGUUAAGUACCGAAAGCGCCACCAAGUUCAGGUUAGCCGACAUCAUAAUGACCUUAUAUUUCCAGCCCCACGCGAAAGAAACAAAUACGACAUAUUUUGGGGAGAAUUAGCGCCAUCGUCCCUGUCGGUCUGCACGAACACCAGCCAAGAAGAUAUCGUUAGGGCAAAAGAUCAAUCAUCGGGAACAUGGGUUCUUGUGUGAGUUCGGUAAAAGCAAGUAGCAAGU